CAGCAAGUAUCAGACUUCAACAAAAGAACCUGACUUCUCUCUUUGCUUUUAUUGUCUUAGCCCACCAAACAUGAGAGGGACUGCAUUAACUCAGGCAGCCAUCUCCGCUCUUCUCAUCUCUGGAAUGAACCCCAACUACAUUCUGUGCUGACAGAUAGGCAAAGAAGUUAAAGCAAGACAGAACAACUUCUUCUUGCGCAGAGAUCCGAGAGGAACCCAGAGUUUCUGAAAUCUACAAGCGGCCAUGGAAUCCCAGAUCUAUGGCCUCUGCAAAUUUGUUGCCGUCCUCUUCUUCUUUUUAGCUCCAAUUGAUGCUACAUUGCGCGAAAUGCCGCCGGGGAAGCAUUCCGGCGCGGCGAACUCAGCUGCCCAGAUCAAUUCCAACUCUGUGUUGGUGGCCCUUUUGGAUUCUCGUUACACGGAGCUCUCUGAGCUCGUCGAGAAGGCCCUUUUGCUCCAGACCCUCGAAGAGUCUGUUUCUCGCCACAAUAUCACGAUUUUUGCGCCGAGGAAUGAGGCUUUGGAGCGAGAUUUGGACCCGGAGUUCAAGCGGUUCUUGCUUGAGCCCGGGAAUCUCCGGGCUUUGCAGAAUCUGCUUCUCUUCCACAUGAUGCCCACCCGCAUUGAUUCCCAAAACUGGCCGAAUGACUCACGGGUCGCUCCGAGUCUAUCCGCCGCCGGCGAGAAUCUCGUCGUGUCUCAGAGGAAAGGGGAGAGACGUGUCGGCGCCGCGAGAGUUGUCCGGCAAGACGACAUAGUCCGUCAGGACGGCGUCAUCCACGGAAUUGAGCGCGUGUUGAUCCCCGAGUCGGUGCAGCAGAAUUUCAACACCAGGAGGAACUUGCGCUCCAUCUCCGCCGUCCUCCCCACCGGAGCUCCGGAGGUUGACCCGAGAACCCACCGACUAAAAAAACCUGCAGCAGUCCCAGCUGGUGCGCCUCCCGUAUUGGCCAUUUACGACGCCAUGGCUCCGGGCCCAUCUUUAGCUCCGGCUCCUGCACCAGGCCCCGGCGGACCCGUCCACCACUUCGAUGGGGAGAGCCAGGUCAAGGAUUUCAUCCAGACAUUACUACAUUACGGCGGGUACAACGAAUUUGCUGAUAUUCUUGUAAACUUGACAUCUAUGGCAACUGAAAUUGGAAAAUUGGUAUCCGAAGGAUAUGUAUUGACUGUUCUAGCUCCAAAUGACGAAGCUAUGGCCAAACUGAACACCGAUCAACUGAGCGAGCCAGGAGCGCCGGAGCAGAUAAUGUACUACCAUCUGAUCCCGGAGUAUCAAACGGAGGAAAGUAUGUACAAUGCGGCCAGGAGGUUCGGGAAAAUCCAUUAUGAUACUCUGAGAUUGCCGUAUAAGGUGGUGGCACAGGAGGCUGAUGGGUCGGUGAAAUUCGGCCAUGGAGAAGGCUCAGCUUAUUUGUUCGACCCGGAUAUAUAUACAGACGGGAGAAUCUCCGUACAGGGGAUUGAUGGCGUUCUGUUUCCGGUAGAGGCCAGUCAGCUGGCGGCAGCUCCUCCUACUAAACCUCCCACUGUUGCUUCAAAGCCAAGAAGAGGGAUGAUGGAAGUGGCAUGCGGUGUGUUUGGAUCGUUGGGUUUCACCAGCUGUCUUUAAGAUUAAGAAAAUUCCAAAAACUUGAAGGAUUGAUACGCAAGAAUAUAGGAAAUGGUAUGCAGUAGUGUGUUUUUUCAAAGAGUUGCAGGAAGAAUAAUUCCAUCUUACAGCGUGAUAUAUAUUUCUGAAUAAAUUCGCAGUUUCUCAGGACAGCCGUGUUGAAGAAAAGGGGGAAGGGAAGAGCUUCGCACUGAAGUAAACUACCUAGAAGGGGAAGAAGUAAAUUCUGCUAUAUUUUGUUGUGAUGAUAAUAAUAAUAAUAAUACUAUUCAACAACACUUGUAAUUACAUAUUAAUUAUUUUUAUUUGUAUUUAAUUUUAAUUUGUUUCUACCGACACUUUUGUAUGAAAAAACCCCAAAAAAGUUAUUAGUCUCAUCAGUCAUUAUUAUUCGAUCAUAGCGUUGUAGGUGGUGCUUACUUAGAGCAACUCCAACCAUCGCCAUUUCUUACAC